AUGCGACCAUCUUUCCUUCGAUACGUCUCUCUAGCACCCCUCCUGUGGAGCGCAGCAGCAUCUGCUGAGCCCGUCCGAGUGCUGGACACCGACUUCCCAGACCCCUGCCUGAUCUCCACCAACGGCAAGUACUAUGCCUUUGCGACGACGGGCAAUGGCGUCAACGUGCAAAUCGCCCAGUCGGACGACUUCGUCACCUGGGAGCGUCUGGCUGGCACUGAUGCCCUGCCGGGACCGUUUCCCUCGUGGGUGGCGUCUUCGCCGACUGUAUGGGCGCCGGACGUGAUUCAACGGCUCGAUGGCACGUACGUGAUGUACUACUCCGCCCUCUCGAGCACGGACCCGUCCAAGCACUGCUUUGGCGCCGCCACCUCGACCUCCAUCACAGGCCCUUACAAGCCCGAAGACAACUACAUCGCCUGUCCGCUGGACCAGGGCGGCGCCAUCGACCCAGACGGCUUCAUCGACGACGACGGCACCAUGUACGUCGUCUACAAGGUCGACGGGAGCAACCUGGACGGCGACGGCACGAUCCAUCCGACGCCCAUCAUGCUGCAGGCGCUGGAGCCGGACGGCAUCACUCCGACAGGGGACCCGAUCAAGCUGCUAGACCGGGACGCGUCGGACGGGAUCCUGAUUGAGGCGCCCAGUCUGGUCAGAAGCGUCGUCAGCGGGACGUACUUCCUCUCGUACUCGUCGCACUACUACGCCAGUUUGCACUACGACGUCGGCUACGCGACAGGGCCGGCUGUGAAGGGGCCCUUCACCAAGGCGCAGGCCCCGUUGCUGGUGACGGGCGACAAUACUACCAAUGCUGGUCCUCUGGGUGGACCUGGAGGAGCAGACUUUUCCGUCGACGGGACGAGGAUUGUCUUUCAUGCGUUUGAGAAUGGAAGGAAUCUUACUAAUGGCAGGGCGCUGUAUACGUCGGGGAUUGUCCUUGAGGGGGACGUCAUACGGUUGGUGUAG